AUGCAAGAAGCUGGGUAUUUCGUUAUAGUUGGAAAAGUAAAGAAAAUAGCGCAGGCGUUGGAUUGCAGCGCGUAUUACUAUAACGCAGUAGGUAAAGCAAGUAUAUUAAGCGAGUUUAUAGACGGCAAGCAACAGGUAAUUAUAGUAAUAAGCGCGUUGGAUCGGCCGCAAACGUUGUUAGAUUACGCACAGGAGAGUAGCAGGGCGGGGCGAAACGGAUUGCAGAGCGAGGCAAUUAUAGUUAAAGAAGGGGGUAAGAGGAGAAUAGGGUUAUAUAUAGAAGGGGAGGGUAAGAUAGAAAAAUAUAGGAGGAUUAUAUUAGACGGGUAUUUAGACGGGCAAGGGGAUAGAAAUAGGUGUAAGGAAGGCGAAGAGUUAUAUAAUAUUUGCGGCGGAGUAGAAGAGAAGGUGGAAAAGGUAGAAGAGGAAAUAGAAGAGGCUAAGGAAAAGGUUAAAGAAAAGGUGGGCGGGCAAGCGGUGCAGAAGGAGAAUAAUAAGCAACAGGAGCAGGAGAAACGGGGCCCGCAGCAGGAUUUAAUUUGGGGUAGACAACAAGAGUUUAUAGAGGUGGAAUAG